AUGCUGGGUGUUCGGCACGCCCACACGUUCACGCUCAGCCUUCUGGGCGUUGCAUGGCUCGCGACUGCCGUCGACCCUCUUUCUGGCGUGGCUACGGCUGCUGUGCUUUCGCCUUCAACAGUCAUCACUCCUGAUGUGUCCGCUUUCGUCGAAAGUGUUCUCAACAGCUCGACGAUUCCUGGGGUGACGACGGGUGUCGUACGCCUUGCGCCCUCCGACAGACAGCCCGUCGUCGAGCUCGCGGCGUGGGGACGUCAGACGGAAGAAGGCGACGGGCAUGACCUCACUCCAGAUGCGCUCUUCGCUCUCGCCUCUUGUUCGAAGGCUUUCCUCGUCACGUCUAUUGGCCUCCUCAUGGAUGACUACGCGUAUGGACGCAACGUCACGCCCCUCCCUCCUGCCGUAGACGCUUUCGACUGGGACACGAAGAUGCAAGAACUGCUCCCUGACGAAUGGGCGCUGCAAGACGAGUGGGCAAACGUGAAAGCGAACUUACGGGACGCCUUUGGACACGUCACAGGCCUUCCGAGACACGACUACUCUUACCGCCCCGGAGACACGCAUGAAGACGUGGUGAAGCGCCAGAAGCUACUUCCGCCAGCUUGGGAGCUCCGCGAACAAUGGUCCUAUAACAACCAGGCAUUACCAUACGGGACAUUCGUAACGUCCCGCAUCUUCAAGCCCCUCAACAUGACGUCCUCCACGUACUCGCCGUCCGCUGCCGCACGCACUGGCCGCGUGACGCAAACCUGGACGCGCGGCGUACGUCGUAUCCCGUACUGGUUCUCGGACGAGGUCAAUGCACUGUUCUCUGGGCCCGGCGGUGCUAUCUCCAAUGUGGAAGACAUGACAAAGUGGCUGGCGACGCUGUUGAACGGCGGGGUAGACCCGCGGACGAACAUCACAAUCGUCCCAGCUUCCGUCCUCGCAAACAUGACGACCUCGCGCGCUAUCGAAAGCGGCGUCCCCGCAUUGGAUAUUUCUAUCGUGGGGUAUGGAAUGGGUUGGUUCCGUCAGUCAUACAAAGGCCACGAUGCCGUGUGGCAUUUUGGCGCCAUCCCGGGCUUCUCGCUGCUCGCCGCGUUCCUACCCGCCGACAACCUUGGGGUCGUCAUUCUCGCCAACAUGGACGAAAAUCAGGACGCCACUACGUCUAUCCUGUAUCGCGUGAUUGACGAGGCGCUCGAUUUACCUCGGUCAGACGGGCUCAAACUCGACUCCCAAUCUGACGCGCAAACACCUCUGCUGCGAGUACAAAGUGCAGCCCAAACUCCCGCAGACCCUCUCCCGCUAGACCUCGACGCCUACACAGGCAACUACACCAACGCCGCUUACGGCGCCAUCUCAUUCUGCGCGCCCACCAGCACAUCCGCGUAUUGCACGCACGUGCUCUCCGCCUUCGCCCCGGUCGAAGCCGCCUCUGCGAACACCCUUCCUGCCGCUCGGCUCUACGCUGCGUGGCCGCGCGUCUGGUCGUCGCACAUCCGCCUCCGGCACACCAGCGGCAAUUCGUUCGGGCUAGUGUUCCCGCGGCUCUUCCCCGAAGGAUAUGGGGAAAACAAGACCGCGUUCGAGUUCUAUGACUCGGUCGUGUCGGUGGGAAGGGUCGAGUUUGAAGUGGAAGGGGGGCAGGUGCAAGGGUUCGCGCUGAUCACGCAGGAGGACGCGGCGGCAGCGAGGGCGGAGAGGACGAAUGGAACUAUCCGGGAGAUUGGGGACGCGUGGUUCGACAAGUUGGAGUAG